AAGAGAGAGAGAGAGAGAGAGAGAGAGCUGCUGCAGUGACACAGAUCUGCGGAUAUAAACAAAUGCACGCAUUUGAUUUCGGGGUUUCUGACACACAGACUGAGGAUUAUUUAAACCCGAAUCAGAGGCACUUCAUGGUCCAUGUCUGGUGACAGAAAGGCGCUUUUAGGAGCUGACACUGAUUUUAAAACCCUGUCGAUUUGAACUAUUUCUGCAUGUGUGAGGGAGAAAUCAGGAGGCAAUGACAGAGCUGAGGAAGCGCGGAGCAGCAGCAGGAGCAGCAGCAGGAGCAGGAGAACCGGACACCAAUAUCCGCGACAAGGAAGCAGAUGGCGAGGACAGACUGGGUCUUGCAAUUGACAGUGAAGGGGACAUCGAGGGCGAGUGUAAAGCAUAUACUCCUGACGUGGCACCGUCUACUGACAACACUCCACAAUGUCUCACCAAAGCCCUGGAGGGACUGUCAUCCAGAUGGAAGAACUGGUGGGUACGAGGGAUUUUAUCACUUACGAUGAUCACAGGCUUCUUCCUUAUCAUCUAUUUGGGACCCAUUAUGCUUAUAUUUGUGGUUAUGAGUAUUCAAAUUAAGUGUUUUCAGGAAAUCAUAACCAUCGGCUACAGAGUUUACCAUUCCUACGAGCUCCCGUGGUUCAGAACACUAAGCUGGUACUUUUUGAUUUGUGUGAACUACUUCUUUUACGGGGAGACGGUGGCGGAUUACUUUGGUGCGUUAGUCCAAAGGGAGGAGCCGCUGCAGUUCCUUGUUCGUUAUCAUCGCUUUAUUUCUUUCACUUUGUACUUGGCAGGUUUCUGCAUGUUUGUUCUGAGCUUAGUGAAGAAACAUUACCGCCUGCAGUUUUAUAUGUUUGCUUGGACCCAUGUGACUCUGUUGAUUGUGGUAACUCAGUCUCAUCUGGUCAUUCAGAACCUUUUUGAAGGAAUGAUCUGGUUUAUUGUACCAAUAUCAAUUGUCAUUUGUAAUGACAUCAUGGCAUACCUCUUUGGCUUCUUCUUUGGAAGAACACCUCUGAUUAAACUCUCUCCAAAGAAGACAUGGGAGGGCUUUAUUGGAGGCUUCUUCUCCACAGUGGUUUUUGGCUUCAUUUUUGCCUACCUGCUGGCACAGUACCAGUACUUUGUGUGUCCAGUAGAGUACAACAGUGAGACUAAUCGUUUUGCUGUGGAGUGUGAACCCUCUGACCUGUUUGUGAUGCAGGAGUACACACUGCCUGCAAUGGCACAGAAUGUUGGGUUGGGAUGGAAAACGGUGAACUUAUACCCAUUUCAGAUUCACAGCAUCGCACUCUCCUCAUUUGGUUCCUUGAUCGGGCCAUUCGGGGGCUUUUUCGCCAGCGGAUUUAAAAGAGCUUUUAAAAUCAAAGAUUUUGCUGACACCAUUCCUGGACAUGGUGGUAUCAUGGACCGCUUUGAUUGUCAGUAUCUGAUGGCCACAUUUGUCCAUGUUUACAUAGCGAGCUUCAUCAGGGGUCCGAACCCCAGCAAGGUGUUACAGCAGCUGCUGGUCCUGCAGCCCGAACAACAGCUCAGCAUUUUCAACACGCUGCGCAGCCACCUGAGAGAGAAGGGCAUUCUUAAUGCUGUGUCAGAAGAAUAAAGGAACACCUCAUUUAUUCACUUCAGUUAGAACAGUAAGGUUUAGCAGUUUAUUACUUCACACAAAACAGUGGAUGCACAGCCAUCAUUCGAGAAACUCUGGAGAAAACACUGCAGUGGACUUUACUUCACACCUCCACUGCACCUAUACAGCACUACAAAAAUGCAGCCACCAGGGGGAGAUGUGCUUCUUCUUAUAACUCUUAUUUAUCUUCUUCAGCGAACUGCAUGUGAGUCAAGUCUUCUGAUAAGCAGGAGAAAGGAUGGGAGCACACAGUAAGUGAAUUCAGAGGACUAGAAGUUUGAAAAUAGCCCUUAAUGCCAAUUCGGGGCAUUGCACUGAUUUUUAGAUUGAUUUUAGUGUAAUUGAUGUAUGAAUAGCAGAAACAGUACAGUUUGCUUCUGCAACAAUUCCAAAGCUGUCACAUUUUGUUGUGAGACGCUACAAUAUGCAGGAUUAGCAUGAGGAUAAUCGUAUCGGCUGCACAACUAAUCAACAACUUGAAAAAACAGCAUGAGUCGUACAGUUACUUCGAAAAAAAGUUGCCCUUCUCCCCUUUUCCCUUUAGUUCGAUACUGUAAACGUUUGCAGCUGUAACAGUUACCCUUGAGAAAUGCACACUUGUAGUUAUAUAUUAAUGUAAAUAGUUAUAGAUUAUACUAAAAGAUUUACAGUAUAUCAGACUCAAAAUCCUAUAUAUGUUAUAGGAAUGAGAAUAUAUGCAAACGCUAAGUUUUUGUAAUAGAGAUUUAGCAUGAUUAGUCUUCUGUGUGAAGGACUGUAUGGAUAAGUUAUUUUUUUUUUUUACUGAAGAUGAGAACUGAGCAGUUUAGUUCUUUAGCCUGUCAAGAAUUUAUUUGUAGUGCACUACAAGUUAUAUAUAAAUAAAUAUAUAAAUAUAUAUAUAUAUAUAUAUAUAUAUAUAUAUAUAUAUAUAUAUAUAUAUAUAUAUAUAUAUAUACUGCAAUUGAAAAUAAUCAGGUUUUCGGUCAUCGAACGAUGAUGUCUUAUGGCAGAAUUUGUGUCUUCAUAGAAAAUAGUUUAAAAUAAAAUGUGUGCAUUUACUGUUUACUCACCUGGUAGCUAUAGUAUGUGUGUUACAUUAACUGAGCCACUUCAAACAUCAAAAACAAUUUUGCUUAGCGUUUGGCCCGAAGUCCUUCCUGUUUACCAAAGAGCUCUGGACACCCUGAUCAAGAGUUUCAGCUAAGAGAUUUGUACAGGAUUAUAUAUAGAUAGACAGAUAUAUAAUCUUCUGGAAUUACAUAACAGUUCAUAUUUAAUAAAGUCACUGGACUUUCACUAGCGUCAAGCACUUUUCUAAUUUUCCUAGAGCAAUAUAUUCUGCUCGGUGUUGGUAAUCCUCGGCUAUAAACAGAGACGGCACAAUUCAUGUUGACUUGGUGGAGUUUUGGGACCAGAACGUUCUACUUUAAAUCAGUAAAUAUCUGUUCAAAUAAAUACAUUUUACUUUUUCUAUUCUUGUCAGCAGUCAAUUGACAUGCUUUUCAUUUCAACUCUUUCCUCUCUGUCUGCUGUUUAAAUUCACCUGCUUAUGCGAUUGUCAUUUUCUUUUCUUUUUUUUUCUGUCUUUAAGAUGUAACAAAUUCAGACCAAAAAAAUUAAAAACACACCUCCAGUUCAGGUGUCUACAGCUUCAAAAGCAAGUGAUGCUACUGCACAGUUUACAUUGCUGUUCAAGAUAAAACCCUCUUUCAGCUCACACUGUUUAACAACAUCCAGGCUUCAGACUUUCUCAUUAUUGUCGUCUAUGUUAUGAUGAUGUAAUGUUAUGCUUUGUACCAAAAAGUUGGGCUCAUGUUGUUCUUUUGUUUUCAUAAUUAUUUAUGGGUUUGAUUUACAGUUUCUUUUUUAACAAAGUUUUUAAAUAGGGAAUAUUUAACGGUCUCCAAGGAUACGUGGAAAAACGGGGGCCAUUUCUUUUAUUAUUAUUAUUAUUAGGUACAUAUGAUUUUAGAAUAAAAAUAAAACCUUACAGUUUCCCCUG